CACACAAACACACACACUUGGCUGAAAGUUUCUGAGUUGUUGCUCAGGCCAAAAGCGAGCAAGCAGAAGGAACAGAGCAGAAACUGAAGAUUUCUUUAGAUCAACACACGAAAAGAAAUUAAAAAACAAACAGAAACGCGCGUUUUAAGUCUCCGCUUCUUUAAGAUGCGGACUGGUUGCUGGAUUUAUUUAACAUCUUUUGUCCGGCAUAUGACGCACUGGAAGUCCUGAAACUGGAUUUUACAGAAGGACUUGUUGGAGUAUAUUGUUUUCUUUUAUUUCUUUUUCUUGGAUUAUCAAAAUGUCCAUUUUCUUUAGUGAUGUCAAAAAGUCGGCCGAAGUUUGGAGCGCAAGCGAGAGAAGAUCCUCUACUGGAGUAAAAACUAUUUUGGAGUUUUGCGUCCAGAUCUAGUGCUCUCUCUCUCUCUCCCUCUCUCUCUCUCUCUCUCUCUCUCUCACUCGUUUUCCGGAUCCUUGUUUUUGCAAGUUUUCACGUUUUUUUUCUUUUUCUGCGUGAAGGCAUGCGGUGCGCACGGGGCGCGUGGAAGGAUGCUGCUGCUUCUGCUUAUACAAUGGAAAUGAAGAGCACUUCAGCAGCCGUGCUUUUACUUUUGUUUGUACUCUUUUGUCCCGCUUUCAGCCAAGAACUCAAUCCCAAGGGCCGGAACGUGUGCAGGGUACCAGGGUCUCCAGGGGUUGCGUGUUGCAGUGGAUGGGCACAACAAGGAGAUGAGUGUUUGACACCUCUCUGCGAGGGCAAUUUCACUUGCAAGGAGAAUGAGGUGUGUGUCCGACCGAACGAGUGCCGUUGCCGUCAUGGAUAUUUUGGAGCAAGCUGCGACACCAAGUGUCCAGCUCAAUUCUGGGGUCCCGACUGCAAAGGCAAAUGCACGUGUCACCCGAAUGGCAAGUGCGAUGACGUAACAGGCAAGUGCACAUGCCACCCAAAUCGCUGGGGGGAGAACUGUGAGAAACCAUGCCCCUGCCAGAAAGGCAAGUGUGACCAGGAGACCGGCAAGUGCACAUGCCAUGCUGGCUUUUGGGGUCCGCACUGCAGCAACAACUGCUACUGUAGCCUAAACUCAGUAUGUGACCAGAGCACAGGCCGCUGCCUCUGCUCUCCGGGGUGGUAUGGGCGCAACUGUGGUGCCCAGUGUGCCUGCAACAACUCACCAUGCGAGCAGUUCACCGGGAGAUGCCAGUGCCGGGACCGUCUAUGGGGCUCGAACUGUGAACGCUACUGUCAGUGCUUGCACGGGAAAUGCAACCAGGCAGAUGGAUCCUGCACCUGCAAACCAGGCUACAGGGGCAAAUUCUGCAGGGAGCCAUGUCCUGCUGGGUUCUAUGGACAGAACUGCAGGAACAAAUGUGGUCACUGUAAGGGUCAGCAACCAUGUAAGGUCACAGAAGGACGCUGUGUUACCUGCGAGAAAGGCUGGAAUGGCACCAAAUGUGAUCAGAUGUGUGCCCCAGGCUUUUUCGGAGAGAACUGCAAAGACGAGUGUCCACCAUGUAAAGAUGGUCAUUUUUGCAACCGCAUCGACGGGAAGUGCUCCCACUGUAAUCCUGGCUGGAUCGGAGAUCGCUGUGAGGUUCGCUGUCCCAAUGGCACCUAUGGGGAGAACUGUGAGAAUGACUGCAGCCACUGCUUUAAUGGAGAAUGUCACUUUGCUACAGGAGAGUGCCUCUGUGAUCCAGGCUUUUAUGGGACUUUCUGCAAUCUGACGUGUGACUCAGGCCAGUUUGGGGUGAACUGCGCACAAACCUGUCCUUGCCAUGAUAAAAACUGCAACCCUGUGUCUGGAGCCUGCAAUCUGUAUCCUAACCAGCGGAUGGGUGUGAUCGCUGCAGGCACUCUGGUGUCCUUACUGCUGAUCAUCCUGCUCUCUCUGCUCUGCUGCUGCUGCCUCUGUAGCAACAAAGACUGCAAUAGUUCAGACCGGGAAACGUCAACCAGCAGUAAGAAAGCCAAGAGGAUCCUGUGUGGACGAUUUAGCCGAAUCAGCACCAAGCUUCCCAGAAUCCCUCUGCGGCGACAGAAGCUUCCCAAAGUAGUUGUAUCUCGCCUUGACCCAGAGAACACCUUUGACUGCAGUUUCAUUGAGCCCCCAUCUGCCACCGAGCAUCAGACUCCAUCAUGGUCCUCCCAGGAAUCCUUCUCCUCUUUUGAGACAAGUGAAGAUGGCCCAGUUUACUGUGUACCCCAUGAAGAUACCAUAAAUGAGAGUAAUGUAAGACCCAGUCCCAAUGCCACUACAGAGAAUGUAGUGGCUAGUAACGAGGAUGAUGCUGGAGAAUACACCUCUCUCAAAGACACAAGAGCGGCAACAAAGCCUGUCAACGAUGGCAGCGACCAGCCAUUGCUAAAGUCAGACAGCGAAGGCUCCACAAGUGGGUCAGAGUCGGCUAUGGGAGCUCUGUAUGCCAGAAUUGCCCGUCUCUCUAAGAAUUCCAAAGAGGAGGAGGACAACAGCACAGCUGAGACCAAAGCCACAUCCCCUGAGAAGACCAAACCCCGGCCACCAGAUCCCUCUACCAAACCAAAGAUUUCUUGGAUCCAUGGAACUUCUGGAGCCAUUCAAACAGAGAAGGGCCAGGCACCUUCCCCACCAAAAGAGAAGAAAAGAACCACAACAGAAGGUUCUGGAAAGGGAGAGGAGAAGCACAGAUCAAAGGAGAAGUCAAGCAAGAAAUCCGAGCAGAAGAAUCAAGAUGGGAAUGAUUCCCCAAGCAAAACCAAAGCCCACAAAGCUUCAGACCCCAUCGAGCAUAUCAAUGGAGCUGUCCAGAAUGCUUUAAAGAAAAUUGGUAACUUUCACUCAGAUAGGAAAAGUAGUGACACUACCAAAGAGCCACCCAAGAGUCCAAAGAUCAUGCAUCCUCAUAUAAACUCAGAGGCGGCCACUCUUCUCGCCGCCCAGCUCAAAGAGAAGACCCAGAGCCUGAAUCGCAACGAAGGCAUUUCAGUUGGAAUCAAACCCAAUGGGGUCUCCACCCCCCAGGCCAACAGGGAGAAGCCAACACCACCCCAGAAGGCCAAGCGAUCAGUGACUGGAGCCAACAAACCCCUUCUACCAACCUCCAAUAACCUUCAGAAGAUGAUCGGUCCUGUAACAGACUCUUCCACCCCUGAGCCUCAAAGCCCAGAAAUGCAGGCCAUAAAUGGGACCCAGAUAGGAGAUGCAGGAGAUGCCACGCCAAAGAAAACACCCAUUAAAAAACCACCUAGAAAGAAAGGCAAGGAGACAACCUCAGACACAGAACCUAAGACCACUCCAAAAAUGGCUAUUAUGCCACCUCAGAUUGUCAAAUAGACAAUUAGUUAAAAAAAAAUAACUGGGGCUGACCAUGCAGUGACUGCCUGUAGCGAAUGAAGCCUUUGAUUUAAUUUCUUGUCUCAUGUUCAUGAUAAACAAACUGUUGGAUGACUAUCAGAUGGAAUUGCUGCAUACUGAGUAUAUUGUUCUGCAAGAUGUUUUGUUUUUUCCCCCCGAAAUCAUUUGAUGUCCAGGACUAGCUUGGAGAAGGAACAGUCACUGGUUAACACAUUGUGCCUUGAAAGGGACAGUUGUACUGCUUGUACAGUUUUGAACAAAAUUCACAGUUGUGUAGUAGGUGAAAUUUUAUUUUAUGAAAUUUUACACUUCUCCAUUUACCAUCUUCAUAUGCAUCUUCAUAUUGAGUCGGUCUUCUCAUAGCGUUAUGCCUUGUGGAAAAAAAAAAACCAUAUUAUCUGCAAUAUCAGCGAAGUAUGAGUAGUAUUUUGCGUAUGUGAAUACAAUGGUACUAUUGUUAGUCAUAGUGUUGAGACACAAGCAGUUCUACCACAAAUAUCAUAUCUUUAAGACAUUCUGUCAUUCUGUAACAGUUUUGAGUUGCAUAUUUCUCAUGACUAUAUUUCAGUAUGUAAUUAAUUAUAUCAGGUGAAACUUGUAAAACUUGACCAAAGCUGGCACAAAGAUACCAAAAACAUAUGCUAAACAUUUUCUCUCAGCUAAAAAGUUGAAAUGAAUUGUGGCAUUGAUGUUCUAGCAAACAGAGGAGAGGUCAUACAAUGUCUCUGGGACGUUUAUGAAUGACAGAGGAACCAUUAAUACUGCAAUUAAUGCUGCUGUUAAAGAACAUAGACAGUCAUUCUAUUUGCUUAUCCUACCAAGCUCUUAUUAUUUGAAUCGCUUAGACUUUCUGAGAUGUCUAGGUCAGACUAUUUGUGGUUUUUCAGUAGUAAAGGAUUUAAUAGCGGCCUAGAGCACAUUGUGAGGUUUAUGUUGCCUCAGCUCCAGUCACAGCAUGUGGACAACAGACCAUGGACUGGCGAGAGAUUGAUAGACGGUGUUGCGUUACAGUUACACAAACAAGUCUGGUGCUAUGUUAGUGGGCGAAAUGCCAGAAAGAGGAUUAACAGCCAACAAACUCAGCUAGUGAUUAUUUUUAACUGUAAAAUUUUUGGUUGUGUGUUUCUGUUUCUUGGGAUCCACAAUUGUUCCUCAUUUGAUUCCCAGGACUGUCAAACUCUUUACCGACGAGUGCAGCUUACUAUAUUUUAUAGAUGUAUAAUAUACAGUGCAUUUACAUAUGGAUUUAAUCCUUUAUACACAUCCAAAAAUGCACUUAUUGGUUGUGUCUAAAGCAGAGAACAACAUGCCAGUAUCCUUAUUUACAACUACAAUACAAAAAAUAUGUUGUUUUCGAGUUCAGUCAUCAAUAAUCAUUGAAGCAUCGUCUAUUCAGGGUCAGUGUUUUUUAACUUCUCAAGCAAGAACCUUUUUCCUCAUAUAAGUAAUAGAAAAUAAUAAUAUUUGAGUGGACAAACUGAGUCAGUAUACUAAAAAAUAAAACAUUCGGGGUUUGAUGUUGUAGGAAAGUUACCAUGAAGUUGAUUACUUUCCCAAAAUAUCACAUCCCAAACUCUAUUAUUCCUCUUAUACAGACAAAAAAAAACAGAAAAGAAAUAAAUAAUUAAAGUGUCACACCAUUAAUCCAUUUAUAAUUCCAUACAAUAUCAUAGAACGUUCAGCUAUAAAUACUCUUUCCCUCACCAUCACCACCUUUUGGCUGUUAAGACCAAAAAAUGCAGCUUGUCAUCAUGAUUUUAUCCAGAAACCAGAAAGCUCUCUCUUGUCCAUGAGACUUUAUCCGCCAAGCGCCGACACUGGAGACCAAAAAAAAAAAAAAAAAGCCAAAUAAACCUAUAAACAUAUUUUUUAGUUUGUUUAUAUAAAGCAUUCAACAUUUAAAUCCCUGAGUCAGUAGUUAUUAUAGAAAAUAAAA